GUUUCCUGCCUGCAGUGCUCCCUCACGCCAUCACUGCCAGCCCUUUAUGCUCCUCCCAUCUCUCUGUGACUCUCUUGCCUUCUGGAGGUGGUGGUACAGCAGCCCUGUGGAACAGAGAAGUGAAACAUCGCGCUCUCAGCAAGACGCAGAGCAAGCAAUAGACUUUUAUAAGCACUGACUAUCUGGCUCCAGAUCAGAAGAAUGGGAAUGUUUUGUUCCCUCAUCCUUUUCCCAUGUAUGGUCUUGUUUGCAUCAGGGGUAACAGGACAGCAGAGCAUCAUGGAUCAACAAGCUUCACAAAUUAUCUACAACUGCUCCAAAGGCUGGUCUUUGCCAUCCAUUUUACAAACAGUUCUGGCAGUCUUAACUAUCAUCUUGAUACUGGCAGCAUUGUGGAUUUUCUGGAGGAGCUAUAAAAGGAAACAGAAAGAUGACUUUAGACUUAUGGAAGAAGGACAACCAAAUGAGAAAAUAGAUCAUGUCCAGGAGGAAAAUGAGCCACUGCAGGGAGAAAAAAAACAACUGAAUGAGAAGAUAGAGCGACUGGAGGGAGAAAACAAACAACAGAAAGAGACAAUAGGUGAGUGCUGCUUGCUGUGUGGGUGGCUGCUUGUCCCUCGAGUGCCAGCUGGGAACGGGGAGUGCUCUGUGUCCCUGGGUGGAGCCUGCCUCCCUUCAAGCCUCAAACAGAGACUGCUGCUUGCCUCCCUCUCUGCCCUGGGCCCUCCUUCCCCCACGGUGCCUUCAACAGGAAAGCCCCGGGAGAAGUCAUGGGCCCUCGCAAAUGCAAACGCCUUCCCUUUCUUUCCUGUGGUCUUGGUCUGUACUGAGCCACUGCAGGGAGAAAAGACUGAGGAGAAAGAGAAGAAUGCACAACUGAAUGAGAAGAUAGAAUUCCUGAAGAAACAGCGACACAAAGUGGAUGUCACUCUGGAUCCUGACACGGCCCACCCCAGAUUGGAAAUUUCUGAUGAUGGGAAGAGUGUGAAAGAUACCGGCACCAUCAGGAAUGUGCCCAAGAAUGAGAAGAGAUUUGAUUCCCACCUUUAUUUGUUGGCAAAGGAAGGAUACACAUCUGGGAGACACUACUGGGAAGUGGAUGUUGGCAAGAGAAGCAGCUGGGCCUUGGGUAUUGCCUGCGCAUCUGUGACUCGCAAAGGGACAUUGACUCUGUCCCCCAAGAAUGGCUUCUGGGUUAUGGGGUGUACAGACGGGCGAGAGUAUUGGGCCUACACAGAGCCUUGGACCCGUUUGAGUGUGGGUGGGAAGCUGCCAAAGAUUGGGAUCUUCCUGGACAUCUCAUCCAAUCAGCUGUCAUUUUACGAUGUCCAUAAGAAAGAAGCUCUGUACACUUUCAACGUGGGAGAUGAGAGCAGCCAGAAAGAGAGGUUUUUUCCCUUCUUCUCAACAGGCCCAGCUACUGCAAAGCCUGAUGAGGAGCCUCUGAAAAUAGUGUGGGUGUUUGAUGAUGAGUGAAUUGAUGAAAUGAGUAUGCAUGGUCAAUAUCUGACUGAAACACAGAGAUCACACUGGACUCUUAUCAGACCCCUGCUUCUUUUUUGCCACCAAAUCAAAGUCGAAUGGUUCUUUUGUAUAAGGAGCUUCCACCACUGCUUCCUAGUCCUUCUGUGAGCUAGUCAAGAAAGAGAAAACCUAGACUUCAGGCCACUAGUCACUGUGCAGACCUCCAGUUCUUCCAAGAACUCAGAGAAAGGAUCCUCAUUGCAGGAAGGGAAAACAGUCAUGGGUUUUGUGUUCAGAAGCUUACCUCAGGUGUCAACAUGAGAUUGAGAAGAUAUUCUGUGCCAGUCACUGAAGAUCCUAGUUAAUGUUCAUGGCAAGUUUGUGCAGAAGUGGAUCACGGUUCUCAGAUGGGAAAGCUUUCUGAUGAGUUUAAACAACCUUUCCCAAGAUACCUCCCACUUCUGUUUCUCAGUGUUCAGCACCCGUCACUGGUCCUUCUUUGUCAGUUGGAAGAAGCAGGUGCCUUCUAGGGGCAACAUGCCUGAGUUGUCAUCAGUGUUGCUUUUGGAAUUGCAGCAAGCCUUUUCAUUUGGAAAGUGUCUCAAAUCCACUCCUGUCCUCCUGGUUUUAGUAUACAUUCUGAAGGAUUUUCAGGAAGAUGUUUAGAGCAUGAAUAUCUACUCUUGAGAGUGGUGACAGAGCAGACAUGUGACAAUCAAGGAAGCUGAGCUUUCCAUGUCAAGGAGUUUGCUGUCAAACUCUCCUGCCUGUCCUGCCAUUUCUGGAUCCAUGUAGUCAGCAAACACCUUUUCUAUCCUCAUUGAGUCACCACUGGGCACUGAACCAAGGUCCUGGCAAUUCAAGCUAAACCACAUCAUGGACCAUUGAGAGGGAAACCAAGCAAGACAGCAGGAACUCUGCUAUCCUUAAGAACUCUGUCAUUUUACAAUGCCCACACAGAAUCUGUCUUGUACAGUUUGGAGAACAGACUCUGGCAGAAUGAGAAUGUCUUUCUCUUCAUGGGAACCAGGAUGGCCUUGGAUUACAAGUUCUAGUAAACCUCAUCAAUAUCAAAUACUGUCAAGGAAAGCUAAUUGGAUUGGAAAGGCUUUUGCAGGUAGUGACAAACAAUUUGACUUUUGUUUCAAGGCAGUCGCAGCCUGAGGUAUCCUCUGGCUGAGGAUGGCAGUAACGUUGGACUCAAUGGUCAACGCUUGGACUUCAUGAUCUUAAGGGUCUUUUCCAACCUGAAGGAUUCUUUGAUUCUAGAAGCAGCUGGAUGUUCCAGUGCAGAGACAUCAGGCCAUGUAUCAUGUCUUGCUCUUCUUUCACAUUUUGCUAUUGUACCAAUCCAACUAAAAUCAUUUUGGUAUGUAAUUCAUAUAAUCAGGAUUUUAAGUAGAAAUAAAUCUUGGGGGUUUUUUGUUUGAUGAA